GUCGGGGUGUGACACCCAAGCUGCAAUCGGCCUUCGAAGCAUCGCUGCUGGGGGCGGGGCGGUUGGGACUCACGCCGAUGCACGCUUCCUCGACGACAAUCGACUUGCUGAUCCCGAUGGCGCGACAAGAUGGGUGCCAUGUUUGCAGCGACGGUCUGAGUUUCCUUGUAGCUGCUGUUCAUCAGAGCGCAGCUAGCUCUCGAGCUAACCCUCGACCCCACAUUCGCACCGAGACUUGCUACCGAUCCUUAUCUCGCCGCGUCUAGUCCUGUCCUUGCCUGUACAAGCAGUCUCGGUCGCCGGCAUUCACGAAUCGCAAGCUCGUCUUGACGUUCUUGCAGGCGUCCCUUCGGCGCGAUAGACGAUCGAAUCAUCCGCAUCCUGCGACGUUUACUUUGCCGGCUCUUUAUAAAGAACGUCAAGACGCUCGCGUACGCCGCCCACCGCCGUUCGCACCUUCGCAAGGCGCUCGAUCUGGCAGUUUUCUCCAAAAAAAAAAUGUCCCUCCCACCUUCAAGCUCCGCCUCUGGCUCAUCGACGCUGUACAACCAGUUCGCCCUCCUACCGCCACCCCCUCGACGUAUCCUCUCUCGAACGCCCGAAGAUGUUCGCUGCAGGCUGCCCGACUUUACACUAUCCGACGAUCCAGUGGCAGCGGUGAGGGAAUGGGCUCGGCAAGAGUUCUUUGUCAACUUGGAUCCCGGCUGGGUGCACGUCUAUGUCGGCACAGGAUGCAUCGGCGCUCUCAUCCUGAUAGCGGGCUUCAUCUUGUUGCUGCGCAUUUACGCCAAAACCUUUUGGAUCGCUCGAUUUCCCCGACGGACGUAUGGCCGCGUCAUUGUACCAAACUCGCUGCUGGGCUGGACCUUGGGCUGUGGUGCUUUUGGAACCGUGCUGCUUGCCGUCUAUUGGAAGCUCUAUGCGUACUUUAGACUGGGACGAUGGCCAGGAAGCUUUCCGCUGUGGAUCGUAACUGCCUGGUAUCCUCUCUACCUUGCUGCGCACGUAGCAGCGUGGGGUUUGUUCUACGCUGUUCCGAGUGAUUUGACCGAGGGCAGGCUGCUCCAAGGCCGCAGCGGCAUCCUUCGAAGACUUUCGCAUCCAGCCAUCAUCAACGUGCUGGGCAUCUGCCUGCCCAUCAUCGCUGCCAUUACCGUUGCCAUCCCGCUCGCCUUUGCGCAAAAGCGCUACAGCGAAGCUCUAAGGAUGUACGGCGAAUGGUUGCAAAGGUACGAAGGACAAGAGACGCUUUCGGAGGAGAUGCUGAUCGAUGCUCAGCGCUUCUGGUACAAGCUCGUCGAUGCUUUCCACAUCAUUGGCGGCAUCUUUUUCGCAUGGACAUCUUGGGGAGUUCAGGAUCUGAGCGCGUACGCUUUCGUCAGCGGCCGCCUCUUGCUCACCCUUUGGAAGCAGAUCCGAGCAGAGAAUCCCAACGAGAAUGCGUGGGGAGUGGUCACAACAAUAGCUAGACGGCCGGGCAACGAUGGCCCGGGACAGAGCGGGCCAGAAGAGACGGCAGAGCAGGAACGCGACGCAAAUGAGCGAUCAGGAGACGACACGCUGGAGGCCAACCUGAUCAAGUCGCCAUCGGACUUGAACAGCCAAAGGCGGCAGUCCGAUGCGCAAUCGCCCGCCACGGCAGAUUUGGAGCGCGGCUCAGAGAGGAACGCUUCCUCGCUCGCCGCCGCCGCCACCACCAACUCGCCCAUUUCUGCGCAAGCCACUCCGAAGAUCGGCGCUGCGAACGCGCGCUCUCGCAUCGUCCAUCAUCGCAUCGAGAGAUCAAAGGAAGCAGCAGGACGUCGAAGGAAGCGGCAUCACCUCUAUUCCGUCUUUAACCACGUCUUGCUUCAAGCCGCGUCCAUCUUGACCGCUACCAUGUGCUACUGCGCCCUCUCGCUUUGGACCGCCGUGGUCAUGUCGGGAGCGCACGAGAAUCCGUACAAUCAGUAUUCCAGCAUCCUUACAGCAGAGCUCAUCAUUUCCGUCUACCUCGGCAUCAUCUUUGGCGGACUGACGCUGCUCGCCAUUUUCAAGCACACGUACGAGCCCGUGCUGCACUUUGGCCAGAUCAGCACCCGUUUCGGACACGGUAGCGGCAGCGGUAGCGGAUCGGGCGAAGGAGCCAAAGCCAAGAGGCGCAGGUCGGGGGGGGCAUCGGCUGCGCACGAUGCGGCAGGCGGCGGCGGCAACAAGGGCAUUGCUCUCUUCAAGCUGGGCGGCGGCGGCGGCGGCAGCGGCAGACGUGGAUCGCAGCAGCUCCAUCAUCAGCCCUCUGGUCCUGCCGUCACCACCUUUUUCGAGUCCGAGACGCUUCAGCCUACAGCCACGAUGGGCAACGUGCGCCUAGCGCCUACCGACGAGGAGGAGGCUCUGCGACGCAGCCUCAGCAGAAGCGGCACCAACAUUUCCAAUUCGCCCUUGCUCGAGGAGCUCAAAGAAGAGCAACCAACCAACGACAGCGAGCUGGAGGUUCACUUGCCGCUUCCGCAGAGCCGCAGCAGUUCGCGUCUCGCCUGACAGACAUGCAUACCCCAAAAGCUUUUAUCGCCCACAUGAUACCUGCAGGCAUACGCCACCCGCACACAUCCAUACCCCGCGAGUGCACCAGCACGUCGAUUCUCGUACCGCAUCGCAUCAUCCCAUGUUCCCACACACUCUGAAUGACAUCCCUCUUGCU